UUGUAACGGUUUUGUGUUCUCUAAUUUCAUUUGUGAUUAUCGAAUAACAUUUCUGUGUUUGUAGUUGGACCAUGGGCCGGCAGCUCCAGAACCACCCACCGAUCCUCCUCAGAUGCAGAGUGGAAAUGACCCAUCGUUUACGAAAGCGAGGACAGGUCCUCAAGCACCGAUCGAUCCAGCCCAACCGCAGACAGCUAACGAGCCGGCGUUUAUGGAAACGACAACAGGUCCUGAAGCAUCUAUCAGUCUGGCUCCAUCGCAAACUGCUAACGAGCGGACGUAUGCGGAAGCGACGACAGGUCCUGAAGCAUCGAUCGGUCAGGCUCCACCGCAGACUACUAACGAGCCGCUGUUGACCCAGUCGAGAAUAGUCAAUGUCGGAGCAGUCACAACCCGUCAGCUCCGACAGAUCAUUCGCAAGCAUGAAAAAGAUAUGUUGGAGCUAAAGGUUUCAAUUCAGUCAUUGAGUGUAGCAAUGCAUACGAUUGAGGACCGUAUCGUUGGUUGGAUUCUUGACGGCCUUAAAUCACAACAACUGUUUAGACUGUGUUUUCUUGAUGGUUUUGCUGGUUUUGGGGGUCAAGUGGUAGUGGUUUAA